GUUGAACCAGUCCACCACUGUGUUGGCCAGUCAGUGAUAUCGCCGAUGGUCCGUCCACACACAAACGCUACGCACACUAGUCACAACACAGACACACACAUAAGGCCACCCUCCCUCAUGUGGACGUGCAGCUACACAAAGACAUACACACAUACACACAUACACACACGAGAAACGAUCCAUCCAGAGAGACUAGCUACCGGCCGGCGAUGGCCGUGGCGGCUAUGCCCAUGUGUGCGGCCUUGCCCUCCACCGAUCUGGCCACUUGCGAGUCGCCCAGGCGUGUGAGCAGCGACCGGAAGUGACCCAGCUCCGACGAACUCAGCAUCUUAAACUGAACUGACGCCUGCACACACACGCACACACAACACAGGAGGUCAGCACACGUCCGUGUGUGUGUGUGUUUGUGUGUGGCUGUCUGUCUGAGACCUGGUAAGUGCUGAGUAGGGCGUCGAGGAGCCCCGCCACCUGCUCGUGUGUCAUCUUCUCCCCCUCUGUCCUCUCUGUGUCCUCUGUCAUCCGCUUGAGGAUUUCGGCGAGCAGGUCGGGCUCGAUCGACGACUUGACAAACGCCUGACCGACCGACGGAGGGAGGGAGGGAGGGAGGAAGCAUAGCAGACACGGUGGGUGGAUGGAUGGUGCGUCCGCGUGUUAUAAGCUACCUACCCUUUUGAUGGCAUCAGGCGUGACGCGCUGCCGCAGAUACCGGGCCUGCUCAUCGGGAUGGUGCCUGUCAACAUGGAUGGAUGGAUGGAUGGAACCAUAUUAGUGCGUUUAUUCACUUGAGUGAGUUCCACACUCGCUGCAGCUCGUAUGCGCUCCGUGGGGGGUUCGGGGGCACAGGAGGGACCGCCAGCUUGGACAAACGAAGCGCACUAGUGGCCUGCACACGCACACGGGAGCACACACACAUAGACACGUGAGCAUCAAUGUCACAGCUGGACAGAGGUCUGUUCGGUGGAGACCUGUGUCCUGGCCGAGACUGCCCUGCGUUUGUCCUGCUGCUCGACGAUUUGUUUGAGUAUGUUGGCUUUGAGCUCGACGGCCUCCCUGCUCUCGACCUUCCUGGCCACGUGGUAGUCUACCACUGUCUGAACCUGGGCGUGUGACACACAUGAACAAUCCAUCCAUCCACACAUCCCUCGGCGGCCGACAGGCGGACUGCUUACUGUCUUGAGGGCCUCGUCGAGCUUCCCCGCACCUUGGCGGCUCAUCGCAACGGCACACCUGACACCAUACAAACACACGCAUAUACUCGCACCCAUGAUGCGCUGCAUCAGAUUCCUGCCUGCCUGCCUGCCUGCCUCACUUGUAUGCGGCCUUGAUGUUGUCGGGAUUGACCUCGAAGGCCCUGCGGCCGUCCCGUUCGGCAUCCUCCCACCGCUCCAGCUUCAGGAAGGCCUGCGACCGGUUGCUGUAGAGAAAGGACAAGAGCUUCGUACCCUCAGACACAGGAGGGCUCGUGGGGGCGGUGGUGGGUUCCUCGACGCCCGGCACUUUGCCCGCCCUGAUGAGGAGAGGGGAAGGGCGUGGUCAUGUGUGUGACGUGUUGUGAUGGUUGCCCGCCUCCACUCUGCCCACCCACUCCCUUACUCGCACAGGUCGAUGCAUUCAGAGAACCACUGAACGGCCUCGUCGAUGUUGCCCCGCAUGAAGGCCUCGUUACCCUUGUUCUUGCCCUCAGCGAGCCCCUCAAGCGUCGCUGACACGCGGCCAGAACCCUCCUCCUCUCUCUCUGCACCAUUCACCAUGGUGGUCUCUGCUCGCGCGUCCACUGCUGGUUGUUGUUGCUGCUGCUGCUGCUGCCGUUGGGUGUGUUGGUCUUGCUCUUCUGUGUCGCUGUCGGUUUCGUCCUCGACAAUGACCAUGCGCUUGCUGCCCGGUUUGGUAGUGGUGGUGGUGGAUGAGGGAGCUGCAUCGACUGGUGGCUGCGGUGGCUGUGGCUGGGGGACUGGUGCUGCCGGGGGCGGUGCUGGUGCUGGUGUUGGUGGUUUGGCUUUGCUCUGCCGCCGUGCCCUGUCGGCGUCGUCUUCCUCGUAUAUCUCCUCUAUCAUGACCCUGUUGGUGUGCAAACAGACAGACACGCAGAUAUCCAUCGACACCCACGGCAUGAAGGGUCUCGCACCAUAUCAUCUCGCUCACCUGUUGUCGUGGUAUGCGGUGGUGGUGCUGGGUGCAGCCGACGGCAUCUUGAGGCCCUCGGGGAAGAAGUCGCUCUCCCCUUCGCCCUGCUCUUCGCUGCCUCUGGGGAUGGCCACGUCGUGCAUUCCCUUGCUCUUGCUCGUGCUGCUGCCGUUGCUGGUGGGAGGGAUGGGCUUCAGGCUGGCCCCGCCCCUCUCCCUCUCCCUCUCCCUCUCCCUCUCCUUGGGUGACUGCUCGGGUGCCUGCUCUUCGCCCUUUUUCUGCCGCUCCAGCGCCUGCAGCCAACAACACGGGUAUGGUUUCCUCGCUCUCUCUUCCGUCUGCAUUUGGGUGUUGUCGUCACCUUUUGCGCGGCGUCGAGGUCUUCCUUGAGCUCCUUGAGGUUGGGCUCACGGUCGAGCGCCUUGCGGAAAUCCUUCACCGCAUCGCCAUAUAGACCUAGCAACAUCCGGGCCUUGCCACUGACAUACAACACACCACACCGCACAUACAGCACACCACAUCGGGCCUCUUUUGUGGGUUCUUCUGGCUGGCCUUUGUCGGCUCACCGCCUGUGCAUGGCCUUGGUGUAUGUGGGGUCGAUGGCGAGUGCGCUCUGGCAGUCCUCCAGCGCCUCAGGAGCCUUCUUCUGCCUGCACACAGGCACACGCCCACACGCGUGAAUCCAGCGAGUCAGACCGCCAUGUGUAUCGGUCUGUCUGUCUCACUUGAGGUAGACGAGCGCUCGGUUGCAGAAUGCGGCAGCGGCGUUGUCGGACUCCUUGUCGAGACUCAGCGACCUGCCGUAGCACUCAGCCGCCUCCUGCAGACAGACAGACAGACAGACAGACAGGAAGCGCCUGUCAGGUCAGGUGAGUUCGCUUCUCUGUUGCUCACGUCAAGGUCUCCAGCUUUGAAGGCCUCGUUGCCCUUCUUCCGCUCAUGCUCGGCCGUGAGCUUCCGGUCCCUCUCUGACAGAUGCUGAUACUGACUGGGAAUCGGAUUGCAAACCUGAAAACUCACACACGAAACACAGGUGUGGUGUGCGCGGCGCAGCCACUGAUCCAUCGCCCCGGCCGAUAUCGGUACCUCCGAUUUGGUGCCAUUGAGCACGUCGCUGUGGCCUGCGGCUUCCUUUGACGCAUCCUCGUGUGCCUCCACCUGUCCACCAAAACACCACACACGCUCCAUCCAUCCAUUCAUUCUCUUCAUUCAGCCCACAUCAGCUCACAUCGAAUUUGUCCCAUGCGGCAUAGUAGUCCUUGAUGGUCUUGCCGUCGCGAGCCAUCGGCUUGGCCGCCGCGCCGCCCUUCCGCCCACCGCCGCCAGCACCAGCAGCGCCCUCAUCCGUCGCCUCGGCUUCCCGUUGGUCGUCUGUCGGUUCCCUCGCCGGCCGGGUCGUCGUCAAGUGUGACGCCCGGGGCGGCGGUCGGUCCUGUGACGAUACACACAGCAGAGGAGGGUGAAGGCUGUCUGUCUGUCUGUGGGGGUACCUGAAAUGCAGCGUCGAUGGACAAGUGAGAUCUGGUCUGCUCGGCGAAAUUCCUCUUGCUCUCCUCUGUCCAUUGGUAGAUGUCCUCGGUGGCCGCCGCAAUCUCCUCUCGAGUAGGCUCGGCGAACUGACGCAUGCAUGACACGGAGCAUCACAUAUGCACAUCUGCCUGUGGAUGGACGCAUCCAUGAAGUUAUUGGUCACCGUUUUGGUGCAGGUAGGGUCCAGAUCUCCGAGUUUGAUGCGGCAUUUCUUGAGCAGGUCCGUGUAGACGCUGCCGUCGUCCUCGAGCGCCUUGAUCCAGGUCUUGAGUUUUCGAGGGUCCUCGCACUCAUCCACCGCCUCAAAGGUGAUGUCCUCCAGACGCACACCCGACAUACUGGUCCGGACUCCCAGCAGUAGCGGUUUCGUGAAAGCACCCUAGGC